UUCAAACCCGGGGGGAAAAAAAGGAAACACUGCGGCUGUUUUGGAGCUGCUUCUCUUCAGAAUUCUCUGUGCUAUGGAGAUGAAGAAGAAGAUGAGUUGCUGAAGUGAGGAGAAAUGGAGAGUAGGAGAAAGGCAGCUUUUUUUGUUUCGGCGAUGUGUGGGCGGGAAGCGGAGGCGGUUUCGAGGGAUGGAAGUCGGUAUAGUUUGACGGGAGGUGUGCUUCCGGCGCUGGGGGAGAGCGGAAGUAGGAGACUUAAGCUCCGGUCCUUCGUUAUAUCGCCUUAUGAUAAAAGAUACAGAGCCUGGGAAACAUUUCUGAUUUUCUUGGUGAUCUAUACCGCAUGGGUAUCUCCAUUUGAGUUCGGUUUCAUCUCAAAGCCAACUCGGCCUUUAUCUAUCGUUGAUGACUUAGUCAAUGUAUUCUUCACAAUAGAUAUUAUCCUCACCUUCUUUGUAGCUUAUCUUGAGACCACAACCUAUCUUUUCAUUGACAAUCAUGUGAAGAUUGCGCAGAAGUACUUGUCCAGCUGGUUUAUUCUGGAUUUCGUGUCCAUUAUACCUUCAGAAAUUAUUCGCAGGAUGCUGCCAACAAAGCUUCAGUCCUACGGAUUCUUCAACAUGCUUCGGCUAUGGCGUCUCAGAAGAGUCAGUUCGCUCUUUGCUCGCUUGGAGAAGGACAGACACUUCAACUACUUCUGGGUCCGAUGCAUAAAGCUCAUUUGUGUCACUCUGUUCGCUGUGCACUGUGCCGGAUGCUUCUAUUAUCUUCUUGCAGCAAGGUAUCCUGAGCCCAGCAUGACAUGGAUUGGUGCCACCAUGCCGGAUUUCCAUGAAAGAAGCUUGUGGAUUCGGUAUGUGACAUCAAUGUACUGGUCAAUCACCACCCUCACAACUGUGGGAUAUGGAGACCUGCAUGCACAAAACACCAGGGAGAUGAUCUUCGAUAUCUUCUACAUGCUCUUCAAUUUGGGGCUCACGGCUUAUCUGAUUGGGAACAUGACUAAUUUGGUCGUUCAUGGAACCAGCAGAACUAGAAAGUUUAGAGAUACGAUUAGAGCGGCAUCUGGAUUUGCGCAGAGAAAUCAACUUCCGGUGCGGAUCCAAGAGCAAAUGCUGGCGCACCUCUGUUUGAAGUACAGGACGGAUUCAGAGGGGCUGCAGCAGCAGGAGACUCUGGAUGCGCUUCCGAAAGCGAUCAGAUCCAGCAUCUCGCAUUACCUUUUCUAUAAUCUUGUUCAGAGAGUCUAUUUGUUUCAGGGGGUUUCUGCUGAUUUGCUUUUUCAGUUGGUGUCAGAGAUGAAAGCUGAGUAUUUUCCUCCAAGGGAGGAUGUCAUUCUACAGAAUGAAGCGCCGACUGAUUUUUUUGUGCUGGUAACUGGCACUGUGGACAUAAUAGAUCACAGGAAUGGGAUUGAACAGGUUGUUGGACAGGCAAAUGCAGGAGAGCUUUUUGGAGAAAUUGGAGUACUUUGUUACAGGCCUCAAUUGUUCACAUAUCGAACCAGAAGGUUGUGCCAAUUAUUGCGGUUAAGCCGCAGCUCUUUUCUAAACAUUGUUCAGUCAAAUGUAGGAGAUGGGACUGUAAUCAUGAACAACCUCCUUCAGUAUCUGAAAGAGCAGAAGGACCCAAUCAUGGAGAGAAUUUCGAGGGAGACGGAGAACACCUUAGCUCGGGGUCGAACGGAUUUACCUCUCUCUCUUCGCUUUGCAGUCAUUAGAGGGGAUGAUCUGUUGUUGCAUAAACUUCUUAAGCGCGGCUUAGAUCCAAAUGAAUCUGACAUCAAUGGACACACUGCAUUGCAUCUGGCGGCGUCGAAAGGAAGUGAGAAUUGUGUGCUUCUCUUGCUCGACUAUGGAGCAGAUCCAAACAGCAGAGAUUCUGCAGGAAGUGUUCCGCUAUGGGAAGCAGUGCUCGGAAAGCAUGAGCCUGUAAUCAAGAUGCUGAUAGACAAUGGUGCAAGCCUUUCUCAUGGCGACGUAGCCCAAUAUGCCUGCACAGCAGCAGAGCAAAACAGCCUAGACCUCCUCAACGACAUCAUCAACUAUGGCGGCGAUGUGAGGCUGCCGAGGAAGGACGGGAGCACCGCCCUCCACCUUGCAGUCUGCGAAGGCAACCUGCAAAUGGUCCACUUAUUGCUCGACCAAGGAGCUGAUGUCGACCAUCAUGACAUCCAUGGCUGGAGCCCAAGAGAAUUAGCCGAACAACAAGGCCAUCAUGAAAUCAUCUCCCUGUUCCAUACAAAGAAGGCUCCACAAAAUGAAAGCACCCUCGCCGGCUGGAAGGAAGACGGCACCUCAAUGGGUAACAAAUCACUUGGAAGAUUCGGGAGGGAUCCGGCGAUGUUGCCUGAGAAUGACAACUCUAGAAGCUUUGGUAACUCAUUGCUUGGUAUAAUGUCGGCUGCUCAUUGUCAUGAUGAUAAGAGUGAAGAUCAAUUGCCAUCUUGUAGCUCAAGUUAUGUGAAGGAUGGAUAUGGGUAUUAUGCUGAUGGUUACAAUCAUCAUCUUCCUCUCAGGGUGAAGAUCAGCUGUCCUGAGAAGAGAGGUUUGGUGAGUAAGCUGGUGCUUCUUCCGAGAUCAAUGGAGGAGCUUCUUUGGAUUGGGGAUGAAAAAUUUGGUUUUCAUGCUUCGAAAGUUGUUACGAAGGAUGGAGUUGAGAUUGAUGAUUUGAAGCUUGUAAGAGAUGGUGAUCAUCUUCUUCUUGUCAGUGAUUUGUGGAGAGGGAGAAAUGGUGGCAUUCAAGUGUGAGAGAUAGUGUAGGAGUAGAUUGAACUUUAGUGCUUAUCUGUCUCCUCCAAUCAUAAGAUUUUGAUUAGGAAAAUUUAUUAUAUGUGAAGGAUGUAUUCAGACUUCAUGUAUAACCAUGUUGUACAUUAUCAUAUAUAUGUUGUA